GAAUGUGGUUUCUAUGGAAUGUACGACAAAAUUCUGCUCUUCCGCCAUGACCCUACCUCUGAAAACAUUCUUCAGUUAGUGAAAUCAGCUGCAGAUAUCCAAGAAGGAGACCUAGUUGAAGUUGUCUUAUCAGCUUCUGCUACAUUUGAAGAUUUUCAGAUCCGGCCCCAUGCUCUUUUUGUUCAUUCCUAUCGAGCUCCAGCCUUUUGUGACCAUUGUGGAGAAAUGCUAUGGGGGCUGGUGCGGCAGGGACUCAAAUGUGAAGGAUGUGGUCUAAAUUACCAUAAAAGAUGUGCAUUUAAAAUCCCUAACAACUGCAGUGGCGUGCGGAAAAGGCGCCUGUCAAAUGUGUCCCUAACAGGACUCAGCACCGUUCGGACAGUUUCUGCAGAACCCUCGCCCAGCAUGCCAGAUGAAGCCCUUCUGCAAAAGACACCUUCAGAAUCAUUCACUGGGAGAGAGAAGAGAUCAAAUUCACAGUCCUACAUUGGAAGACCUAUUCAGCUAGACAAAAUCUUAAUGUCCAAGGUUAAAGUGCCUCACACUUUUGUCAUCCACUCCUACACACGACCAACAGUUUGCCAGUACUGUAAGAAGCUUCUCAAAGGACUUUUUAGGCAGGGUUUGCAGUGCAAAGACUGUAGAUUCAAUUGUCACAAACGCUGUGCUCCUAAAGUGCCAAAUAACUGCCUGGGGGAAGUUGCCAUUAAUGGAGAUCUUCUUAGUCCUGGGGCUGAGUCUGAUGUGGUCAUGGAAGAAGGGAGUGAUGACAAUGACAGUGAAAGAAACAGUGGUUUUAUAGAUGACAUGGAAGAAUCUAUUGCUCAUGAUUCUGAGAUGUCAAUGAUAGGAUGCCAUAGCGACAACGGGGAAAUGCAGGAUGCUGAUCCGGAUCACGAUGAGUCUAACAGGAUGAUCAGCCCUUCAACCAGCAACAAUAUUCCAUUAAUGAGAGUGGUACAAUCUGUGAAGCACACAAAAAGGAGAAGUAGUGCAGUAAUGAAGGAGGGUUGGAUGGUUCACUAUACAAGCAAGGACACACUGAGGAAACGACACUACUGGAGACUGGACAGCAAAUGCAUUACGCUUUUCCAAAAUGAUACUGGAAGCAAAUAUUACAAAGAAAUCCCAUUAUCUGAAAUUUUGUCUCUGGAACCUGCAAAAACUUUCACUUUGCUGCCUCAAGGAGCCAAUCCUCAUUGUUUUGAAAUAAGCACAGCAAAUAUAGUCUAUUACGUUGGAGAAAACAUAGAAAACCUCUCAAGUGUUCCCCUGAAUAACAGUGUUAUCACCAGUGGUAUUGGCAUCGACGUGGCACGAAUGUGGGAGAUGGCAAUACAGCACGCCCUGAUGCCUGUCAUCCCUAAAGGGACAUCAACAGGGUCAGGACCCAGCCUGCACAGGGAUAUAUCCAUCAGUAUUUCUGUGUCAAACUGCCAAGUUCAAGAAAACGUGGAUAUUAGCACUGUAUACCAAAUCUUCCCAGAUGAGGUAUUGGGAUCAGGACAGUUUGGAAUUGUUUAUGGAGGAAAACACCGCAAAACGGGAAGAGAUGUUGCCAUUAAAAUAAUUGACAAACUAAGGUUUCCAACUAAACAGGAAAGUCAACUUCGUAAUGAAGUUGCAAUUUUACAGAAUCUUCAUCAUCCUGGAGUUGUAAAUCUGGAGUGUAUGUUUGAGACGCCAGAAAGUAUGGAAAAACUCCAUGGAGACAUGCUGGAGAUGAUCUUAUCAAGUGAAAAGGGCAGAUUGCCAGAGAGAAUAACAAAGUUUUUAAUUACUCAGAUCCUUGUUGCUUUAAGACAUCUUCAUUUCAAAAAUAUUGUUCAUUGUGACCUCAAACCAGAAAAUGUGUUAUUAGCAUCAGCUGAUCCUUUCCCACAGGUAAAACUUUGUGAUUUUGGCUUUGCCCGAAUUAUUGGAGAGAAAUCUUUUAGACGUUCAGUUGUAGGAACACCAGCCUACCUUGCUCCAGAAGUGCUGAGAAACAAAGGCUAUAAUAGAUCUCUGGAUAUGUGGUCUGUGGGGGUUAUCAUUUAUGUAAGCCUUAGUGGUACCUUUCCAUUCAAUGAAGAUGAAGACAUACAUGACCAAAUCCAGAAUGCUGCUUUCAUGUAUCCACCUAAUCCAUGGAAAGAAAUUUCUCAUGAAGCUAUUGAUCUCAUAAAUAAUUUGUUGCAAGUGAAAAUGCGAAAGCGCUACAGUGUGGACAAAACAUUAAGCCACCCGUGGUUACAGGACUAUCAAACCUGGUUAGAUUUAAGGGAACUUGAAUGUAAAAUGGGGGAACGCUACAUCACUCAUGAAAGUGAUGACUCCCGAUGGGAGCUGUAUUCAGAAGAGCAUGGAUUGCAGUAUCCAGCACACCUUAUCAGCCCAAGUGCUAACCAUCAUGAAAACACCAAGCUAGAAGAAACAGAAAUGAAAGCCCUCAGUGAGCGUGUCAGCAUCCUUUAAGUUACAUCCCCUAUAAUCUGUCAAAACACUGUGGAAUUAAUAAAUACAUACGGUCAAGUUUAACGUUUGCCUUGCAGAACUGCCAUUAUUUUCUAUCAGAUGGGAACAAAGCUGUUAUGCUGUUACACUGUUGAUGUAUCUGAGCUGCCAAGACAAAUCAACAGAAACAUUUUUGUGUGACCAACUGUGUUGUAUUUACAAAAGUUCCCAGAAACACUAAACUUGUUAUUGUGAAUGAUUCAUGUUGUAUUUAGUGUAUUAAAACCUGUCUCCACGGUGCCUUUGCAAACUAGUGUUUUUCUUACUUGAUCCUCAUUUUGGUAAGAGAGAACUUUCCCAUGAAGAUCUGGGUGGCUUUUGUGCAUCGUUAGUAUUGUAAUUGUAAGCAAACUCUUGAAGAGUAGAUUAUAACUGCUGUUCUGUGAACAACUUCUA